CUCCGCCCUCCGCCCGCAGCUCGGCGGCGUGCUGACCUCCUAGCCGGGCCGGCGCCGGGAUGGGGUAGGGCAGCGCCGCGGAGGCGGGCCAUGGGCCGCCCUCUGGGCACCGAGCAGCCCCCGGAGGCCUGACCGCCGCGAGGACCGCGGGGAGGAGCCCCGCCUGGAUGUGAAGCGGAUGCCCCAGGGUCCCCCGGCGGACUUGGUGGGGACCAUGGCUUCGCUGAUGCCCCUCUCCCCGUAUCUCAGCCCCACGGUCCUCCUGCUGGUCAGCUGUGACCUGGGUUUUGUGCGAGCAGACCGGCCUCCAUCUCCUGUGAAUGUGACGGUCACUCACCUCAGAGCCAACUCGGCCACUGUGUCCUGGGACGUCCCAGAAGGCAACAUCGUCAUUGGCUACUCCAUUUCCCAGCAACGGCAGAACGGCCCCGGGCAGCGGGUGAUCCGGGAGGUGAACACCACCACUCGGGCCUGUGCUCUCUGGGGCCUGGCUGAAGACAGCGACUACACCGUGCAGGUCAGGAGCAUCGGCCUGCGGGGAGAGAGCCCCCCGGGGCCCCGGGUGCACUUCCGAACUCUCAAGGGCUCUGACCGGCUGCCCUCCAACAGCUCGAGCCCAGGAGACAUCACAGUGGAGGGUCUGGAUGGAGAGCAACCGCUGCAGACAGGGGAGGCAGCCAUCGUCGUGGUGGUGCUGCUCAUGUGGGCUGCUGUAAUUGGGCUAUUCUGCCGUCAGUAUGACAUCAUCAAGGACAAUGACUCCAACAACAACCCCAAGGAAAAGGGGAAGGGGCCAGAACCGAGUCCUCAGGGAAGGCCAGUAGGGACAAGACAGAAAAAGUCGCCAUCCAUCAACACCAUUGACGUAUGAGUGACAGACACAAACCUGGAAGAGAGCUGCACUAACAACCUGGGGAUGGGGGUGGGGUCAGGGAGAGCAUAAGGUGGUGACCCACCCAAGACUGAAGGAUCCCACAAUCUCCCAGAGGGUGAUGGCACUUCCACAAUCUCAGGCCUGAUCCCCAUCCUCUUUCCACUGUGAGCAGGGCCAGAAGGUAGGUCUGGUAGCGUCCAUGCCCCUGGACCUGGGGAGUGGAUAUCAGAUGGGGUCUCCUCUCAUCCACCAGAUCCAGGGGAGAGUCAUUUGUUCAGCCCUAUCCCAUUAGGUCCCAAAUAAGGGGCCCCAUUCCACCUGCAUCAGGACUCUCAGCAUCCCCAGCUGCCCCCACGUCUUGCCUCAGAGAGGGGUGUUUCUGUGGGCUCCCCCUCUCCCCCAGCAAAUGAAAAGAAUCAUCUGGGCCUGGAGGCAGAUGCUGCAUUACACUACUCCAAUGUCUUCCACGGAGCCUCAGGUGCUCCCCCUCUCACCUGGCAGCCUCUCCAGCUGCUGGUGAUCUCACCCCUUGGACAUUUUUCCAAUAAAGUUUCUUGGACAAAC